CUCAAUUUGUCUUGUCCCUGUGGUAGGUUGCGGUGUAGCCUCGAAAGCUAUGACGCGCCUUUGGCAUCUCUUAACGCUGGCUAUCAUGUUGGUGGCGCUUCUCUGCCCUUUUAUGAGGGUUGUGAAGUUGGGACAAUGGCAGCGCUUGACCUUCCUUCUUGUGAUACCGCAGGAGUGGGGCCGGAUCAGGCCUGUGUGCUGAGCAGUCCUGUCACUCAUGUUCAGCCCUGAAGCCAAAAGGUGAUUUCGUUUCAGGAAGCGACAUCUUUGGUUGAGGCAGCGAUACAGGCUGACGGAGGAGGUUGGGGCGUGCAUGUGUCUGCGGGCAUUAAGGGGAUGAUGAAAAAGGCCGUUUCUUCGAGUGCGACUUCCUUCGUGCUGGGAGACACCCGCCAGGUGCAGAAGCGGACCAUUCGGAACAAGAACGCGAGGAAUCUUAGUCCUGCAGCUAGGCAGCUACUGCAGGAAGAUCCAGAGGAGUUUGUAAGGCAACAUGGGCGCCGAUAUGCUUCUUCUAUCACACUGGGAGGCACUUUCGGCGGCGCUGUUAGCAUCCACCAAAAUUCUGCAGAUGUGGAGAGCAGUCUUGAGGCCUUUGCCAAGGUUAGCUUUGAAGAUGUAUUUGGACUUUCAGGCUCAUUUGAAGGCUCAUUCAAGACGGCUCGGCAGGAGAGCAGCAGUAUGACGAGGGUGGUUUCCAGCUUCGCUGCUGCGGGCGGUCACGACAUUGUCGUGCACCUGGUGGCCGGGCCAGCCCAACAGACUCUUUCGGAAACUCCGAAGCCAUUGUUCCUCACAUCUCGCUCAUGGGCAGAUCUCGACGAAGUGCAAGACAUCCUUCAGCAUAGUUCUAAGGAAACCCAAGAAUUGUUUCAAGCUCCCCGACUUAUCCAUGCUACUGAGAAGGCGAUGAGCAAAGAGUAUGCUGAAUUGAUGAUGCUAAUGCUAAUGAAUGAUGUGUCCGAAGCACAAAAGUGGAAGGAGGUAAAACACAAUGACGGAUGGAAGGAAACGGUGAACAAAAUGAAUAAACAAAUCAGGAAGCAUCAGGCAAAAAUUGAACAGGCAACUGAGGAUGACUUUAUUCAGUUGCAGAAGCAUUCAGAAGCAGAUCGCGGAGGGAAGCGAUUCACCGGAUUGGUUCAAAGCAGAGGACUUGAGAGCUGAGUGGAUCAAAUUUCCGGAUGAUCUAUUGAAGUUUCAGAUCAGCCGUAGCCUCCCAGUCUUCCGAUACAUCCUGAGAGAGGGGUGGGAUUUCGAGUAUACAGCACACAGUCACCCAUAUACAACGGACAUGACUAAGGAUGCAAUCACCAAUUCUACUGUCCUCCUGAAGAUGCAAGCGGUGCAGAGCCUGUCUUUUCGUAUCACAACCGGGAGAGGACAGACAU